CUUUCAUUCUCAUUAUUAUGGUAAGUUGAAUUAUACUCUAAUUUCUUUCUCUCACUCCUUGUCUGUUCAUAUAAUAUGUAUGUCCUACUUUUUUGGCAUUCGAUACAUACUCUAAGCAGCUGUGCAAUGCAGUAACUGCGGAUUUCAAUCACCAUUUUAUUAAUGGCUAAAGUUGUAGAAUCAUCCUCCAUUUCUAUGUCAAAAACAGAAGAGAAACACAUGGCGAAGCGGAGAAGAGAUCAUAAUGAUUACUCCAACAGAACUUACCCAGUUUACAGAGGAGUUCGAAUGCGAAGUUGGGGAAAAUGGGUUUCUGAAAUUCGACAACCGCGUAAGAAAUCGCGAAUUUGGCUCGGCACUUAUCCGACCCCUGAAAUGGCUGCAAGAGCACAUGACGUAGCUGCGCUUAGUAUCAAAGGGAAUUCAGCGAUUCUAAACUUUCCUCAACUCGUUGAAUCACUGCCUCGUCCAGCUUCAAUUUCACCUAGAGAUGUUCAAGCUGCCGCUGCAAAAGCAGCUGCUAUGGAUGAACUAAACUCCUCUGUUUCUUCUUCUUCUUCAUUGAGUGCGUCGUCGAUAGAGGAGACAACAACAGCAGAAGCAUCGGAAGAUCAACUAGGUCAGAUUAUAGAGUUACCAAGUUUGGAGGGGAUUUUUGAUUCGGAAGAGUUGAAGUUGAAUGACUCGGCUGAUGGAUGGCUGUAUCCACCGCCGUCUGAAUUCGACGGCGAAUUUUGUGGGUAUUUAUUUGAGCAUACAACCAUGGGAGAGACUCUAAUUCCUACUAGCAGAUUCGAGACGAUGAAAUGGACUUGAUUACAUUUGGAUUAUUAUUUUUUUACUCUUUAUUUAUUUUUUCUUCACAUUUGGAUUACUUCAUAUGGUAUGCUCUGUUCAUAUUUACAAUUCUUCUUCUUUCAUGUUUAUGAAUAAAACAACUUUUGCUUUCUA